AUGCCGAACCCACAGCACGAUCUCACUCGAGCGCAGAUCGAUGCGCGCGAAGCCGCUCAGGAAGGCACCAAGGACGCUGAGUCCUUCCAGCCCAACACCACCUCCAAGAGCGCCAUGAAACAACAUCAAGACCAAGAAGACUACGAGGCUCGAGCCUCGCAUUCGAACAGCGGCAGCAAUACGCAUAGCGGACAGGGCAUGGAGUAUGUAACGAGGAAGACGCAUAGUUCAAGGAAGGAUGAGGAGGGUUUGGGUGAAGAGGUGGUGCAUGGUGGGUGGUCGGGUCAUCAUAAGAAAGUCUAA